UAAUUCCUGCCACCCGCGCACUUGCCAAAUUUCGUUCCGUUCAUGAGUUUUCCAGUUUCAAGAGUUUGUCAGUUUAAUAGAAACAAAAUGGAGUGUUUGACAUUAGACUUCGGUCCAUUUGAAGCUGUUCAUCGUUGGAGAAGAAUGCCAGAGUGUGAUGAAUUUGUUGGCGCACGGCGAAGUAAACACACAGUGGUAGCUUACAAAGAUGCUAUUUAUGUGUUUGGAGGAGACAAUGGUAAAAACAUGCUGAAUGAUCUAUUACGGUUUGAUGUGAAGGACAAGUCAUGGGGAAGAGCAUUUACAACUGGGUUUCCCCCUGCACCACGCUAUCAUCAUUCUGCCGUAGUCCAUGAGGAGAGCAUGUUUGUGUUCGGUGGAUAUACAGGAGACAUUCACUCAAAUUCAAAUUUGACCAAUAAAAAUGAUCUGUUUGAAUAUAGAUUUGCGAAAGGACAAUGGGUAGAGUGGAAAUAUGAAGGAAGGAAACCAGUUGCUCGAGCAGCACAUGGGGCUGCUGUGUACGACUGGAAAUUGUGGAUAUUUGCUGGAUAUGAUGGCAACACUAGAUUGGAUGAUAUGUGGACAGUCCCACUGAAUGGAGACCAAAGACAGUGGCAGGAAGUUGAACAAAGAGGAAAUAUUCCACCCACCUGCUGCAACUUUGCUUUGGCUGUGGCCAGGGAUUCCAUGUUCGUGUUUUCUGGACAGAGUGGGGCUAAAAUCACCAAUCAUCUCUUUCAAUUUAAAUUCAAAGACAAUGAGUGGACCAAGAUUUCCACAGAACACAUAUUGCGUGGUGCCCCACCCCCUCCAGAGAAGAGAUAUGGGCACACUAUGGUGGCCUUUGACAGGCAUUUAUACGUGUUUGGGGGAGCCACUGGGCAGACAUUACCCAAUGAACUCCACAGUUUUGAUUUAGAUUCACAGACGUGGUCCAUUACAGAACCUGCUCUCAACAGUCAGGUACCAGCUGGAAGACUUUUCCAUGCAGCCGCAGUUGUGGAUGAUGCUAUGUAUGUUUUUGGUGGAACUGUGGAUAAUAUAGUCAGAAGUGGAGAAAUGUACAGAUUUCAGUUUUCUAGAUAUCCAAAGUGUACCCUUCAUGAGGAUUUUGGAAAGCUUUUAGAAAGUCAACAGUUUUGUGAUCUUUACUUUGUUGUUGGAAAGGAUGGAAUGCGUGACACAAUCCCAGCACACAUAGCUUUGGUUGCAGCUAGAUCAUCCUGGUUAGCAGAGAAAAUUCGUAUGGCCAAGGAGCAGCGAUUUCUGGAAGAGGCCACAAGUUCAAACCCCAUCCAGGUUAUUCUACCAGAGGCAAACCCCACAGCACUCAAACUUGUCCUGUCAUAUAUCUACACGGACAAAAUUCUACCAACCAAAGAGGGGCAGGUAUUUAACAGCAAUGAAGUGAUUCUAUUAAUGAUGGAUGUAUACAGAUUGGCACUUCAGUUUCGGAUGUUACGCCUGGAGCAGUUGUGUGUGCAAUACCUAGAAACAUGUAUUGGUCUAAAGAAUGUUUUAGUAGCUUUACAGAAUGCAUCUAAAAUGAACUUGGAUUUCCUUAAAGAAUACUGUCUGAAGUUUAUUGUGAAAGAGAGUAAUUGUUCUGAUAUUGUGAACAGCAAAGAGUUUGAAAGUUUGGACAAACCCCUGAUGGUGGAAAUCAUUCGUCGCAAACUCACCCCUCCCCCACACGCACGUCUAGUGGCUGAGACCCACAAUGAAGCAGUCAUCAAUAAAUCCCUUGAGCAUGAUCUUGAGGCUUUCAUGAAGAAGGACGGUGGGGAGUUUUGUGACAUUACGCUAAUGCUGGGUGAGACACCCAUUCCGGCCCACAAAGCCAUUUUAGCAGCCCGCUGCAAUUAUUUUGAAGCAAUGUUUAGAUGGAAUGACCCUGAGAAUCACACAGUCAAGAUUGCUAUUGGAGAGAUGGUUCCUUCCAGGCAGGCAUUCGACAGUCUACUGCAGUUUAUCUAUUAUGGAGAUGUGACCAUGCCCCCAGAGGAUUCCUUGUACCUCUUCCCUGCUCCCUCUUUCUAUGGAUUCACAAACAAUAGAUUGCAGGCCUAUUGCAAGCACAACUUGGAGAAAAAUGUCUCUGUUCAAAAUGUUGUACAGAUUUUAGAGGCUGCUGACAAGAUUCAAGCUCUAGAUAUGAAGAAACAUGCACUUAGGUUGAUUGUACAUCACUUCCCAAAGGUUGCUAGGCAACCAGAACUAGGACGACUGAAUAAAGACAUGCUGCUGGAAAUCAUUGCUGCUGUAGCAGACGACAGGCGAGAAUCCAGCAUGAAGCACGAUUUCUCUUCCAACAAAACUGGAAUAGGAUUAGAAGAGUGUCUGGAAAUUUUAAAACUUGUCUGCAGUGAAUCUGUAGAUGGAAGCAAAAGGAACGAGGCACCAAAACCAGCUGUGUCAGCCCUAGAGAGAUUGAAGGAGGAGCAGUCCUUGCCCCCCAUCAUCACAUUCUCUGAGGGUCUGGAUAAUAUGCUAGGAGGAGGGGUGCCUCUUUGUAAAAUCACAGAGUUUUGUGGAGCUCCUGGAGUUGGAAAAACUCAAAUGUGCAUGCAGAUAGCAGUAGAUGUGCAGAUCCCUAGCCAGUUUGGGGGUCUCCAAGGAGAGGCUGUGUAUAUUGACACGGAGGGAAGUUUUAUUGUGGAGAGAUUAGUGGAUAUUGCAAAAGCAACAGUAGACCACUGUAAUGAAAUGGCAAGACUUGAAGGAUUUAAAGAAGGUGAGAUAACAGUGGAGUCUGUCUUGUCUGGAGUCCACUUCUACAGAUGCCAUGACUAUGUAGAGCUGCUGGCAACUGUCCACCUCCUACCAGAGUUCAUAAAAAAACAUCCAAAAAUCAAGGUUGUCCUUGUGGACAGUGUAGCUUUCCACUUCCGCCACGACUUCGAUGAUCUGUCGUUAAGGACCAGGCUCCUCACUACCAUGGCGCAGAGUUUUAUCAAACUGGCGACAGAGUUCAAGAUAGCAAUUGUUUUGACCAAUCAAAUGACUACAAAAUUCAGUCCAGGAGAAGACUCUCGUCUCGUUCCUGCUCUUGGAGAGAGUUGGGGCCAUGCGAGUACCAUUCGUGUCAUUCUGUACUGGGAGGGACAGAAAAGAUGGGCCUGGCUGUACAAGUCCCCCAGCAAAAAGGAAAGCAGGGUGCCAUACCAAAUCACUAUGGGUGGAGUAAGAGAUAUAGUUACAUUCCCAGCUGAUAAUUCCAAUGAUCAGAGUGAUGAUGAGCCCUCCUCCAAGCGACAAAAAGUUCAGGUGACUUUGGUUCUGCGGGAGGGGCCUCAGCAGGCUCAGUUUCUGGAAGUUCCGGAGCUUCCUCCGUGGGAACAUCUAUCUCUGCUGGGGUCUCACCAGCUUACAGAGAUUGAUGGCAUUUUCAGCAGAGCGGUGCUCAUGAGCGCUCACCAGAAUCGCCUAUACCUGCAACACAAAUUUUGGCAAGCCCUCACGAGCACCCACUCUGCUGAACAUGCCUCAGAGUACAGUUAUUCCACGGCCGCAGGAGGGCUGCGCAGGGCUAUCAACAGCAAGGCUAUACAGGAUAUGACCAGAGUGCUUAUGGACAACAAGCAGGGCAGACUGCUGGUGCACAGAGCACAGGCUAUGGACAGCAACCAGCUGCUCAGUCGUAUGACACCUCGGGGGGUUAUGGAGGUCAGCAGUAUGGACAACAGCAACAGAGUGGAUAUGGUCAGCAAGGAAGUAUGUUAUCAGACCCAAUCCCAAGGAGGCGCAGGGUCAUAUGGGGGUCAGAGUGGGGGAUACGGCGGUGGUUAUCAGGCCCAAGCAGCGGGUGGUGGGUCGUAUGGUGGGGGACAGAGUGGGGGUCAGGCCGGCGGCGGCUAUGGAGGGGGACAACAGUCCGGGGGUGGUUAUGGAGGAGGAGGAGGAGGUUAUGGCUCUCAGGAUAACUACAGACAAGAGAGGGGCGGGGGAUAUGGUGACAGAGGGGGCAUGAGAGGUGGUCGUGGGGGCGGAGGAAGAGAUGGCGGUGGCUAUGGUGGUGGUCGAGGAGGUUUCAGCAAAUUUGGUGGAGACAGGGGCAGAGAUGAUCGUGGAGGUGGUGGUGGUGACAUGAUGGAAAUGGUAGACACAAUCUUCGUAUCUGGAUUACCAGAGGAUAUUGAUGAAGAUGGUCUAGUCCAACACUUUGGCAGCAUCGGUGUUAUAAAGACUGACAAGAGAACUGGUAAACCAAAAGUUUGGAUCUACAAAGACAAAAACACUGGUAGGCCAAAAGGAGAAGCCACAAUCACUUAUGAUGACUGUGAAACAGCCAAGGCAGCUAUCAACUGGUUCAAUGAGAAAGACUUUGGUGGCAACACAAUAAAAGUGGAGAUUGCCACUAGAAAGAUGAACACAAACUUUGGUGGAGGUCGCGGGGGCGGAGGACGAGGUGGUAGUUUUGGUCGCGGUGGUAAUGGAGGAGGAAGAGGUGGACGUGGAAGUUUUGGUGGUGGUGGAGGAGGAGGGGGAGGAAGUGGAGGUGAAGGUGGAAGAGAAGGAGAUUGGAUCUGCCCCAAUGAGCAAUGUGGAAACAAUAACUUUUCAUGGAGAAAUAACUGCAACAGAUGUAAUGCCCCUAGACCAGGAGGUGGAGGCGGAGGAGAUGAUGAUGGUUUCCGUGGGGGACGGGGUGGAAUGAGAGGUGGUCGUGGUGGAUUCGACAGAGGUCGUGGUGGUGGUGGGGGAUUUGGCGGUGGCCGUGGUAGAGGAGGUGGAUUUGGUGGUGACCGAGGCCGUGGAGGCGGAGGUUUCCGCGGAGGACGAGGUGGUGGAGACAGAGGAGGCAGAGACAGGGGAGGUGGCAUGGGUGGUGGCCGACAAGACAGAAGACCGAAGCCAUAUUGAUCUGGAGUGUAAUGGUCACCUUGCAUUUUGAUGAACAUUGUCGUGUAAUCAUGUCUCAUUUUAUUUGCAUUGUUUUAAUUUUUCAUCCUUUUAAAAUGCUGACACAGUCCUUAUUCUGCCAUUGUUAAUAAAUCAUGUCAUGUAUGUUG